GCGGUAAAGAUUGAAGGCGUACCGACACCGUACACGCCGAUGGUAUACCAGUUUCUGUGCACGCUGCAAGAGCUGGAUGAUUUCGAGCUUACCAAGGUGGAGGAUGGAGCGGGCGGCAAAACGAUCGAUAUGCGCCACGUCCGGGAACUGUACCAGCUAAGCGAGAAGGUACGAGAGGUGGGCAAUAAGGAAAAAAUGGACGAAAAAGCAAAAAAAGCGCAGCAAGAUGCAGAUGGAUGCGGUUGCGUUCGCACCGCCGGCCGUGACCGCGCUGGACAGUCCGGCCCGCACGACCGUGCUGGCGGCGGUGCCGAAGAAGCCGGUGUACCAGAAGUCGAUCUCGAUGAACGAUGCGCAGAUCAUGAGCGCCCUGUCGCGGUCCUCGUCCGAGCCGGAUCUGAUCGGCGACUUCAGCAAAUCGUACGUGCUGCCGCUGAUGGAGGGCCAGCACCGGGAUCUGAAGUCGAUCUCGGGCGACACGAUGGCGCGGCUGGUACGCGGCGACUACAACGACAAGAUUGCGAGCUUCAAGAUCAUCGACUGCCGGUACCCGUACGAGUACGAGGGGGGCCACAUCCGGGGCACGAAGAACCUGUACACCCAGGAGCAGAUCGUCGAGGAGCUGAUCCAGUCCAAGACGGCUCCGCCGAAGGUCACCGACGGCCAGGACGGGACGAUGCGCCGUCACAUCAUCGUGUUCCAUUGCGAGUUCUCGUCCGAGCGUGGUCCAAAAUUGUAAGUAUUGCAAGCAUCG